CCUUUGCAUUGCACCUUUCAAUUCUUAACCAACAACUCCCUCUUUAUAGAGAAGGUUCAUUCUUUUUUUUGCCAGGGGCAAUGGCGGUCUCUGACAAGUCGAUUGUUGUUUCUGCAUUUGUGCUGUUACUACUCUUCGUCAGAGCUAUGGCGACUGUCAAGGAUCAACUCUCAAACAAAUUGCUGGAAGAUGUUGAUGGGAAUGAGAAUGCAGUUUCUAACCCGGACGAGGUUGCUGCCAUGGUUGAUAUGAGCACCCGGAACAGCACUGAGCGGAGAAGAUUGGGUGAUUUUUCGUGUAGAACAGGAAAUCCCAUAGAUGACUGCUGGCGUUGUGACUCCAACUGGCAUCGCAACCGCAAGCGCCUUGCUGACUGUGGCAUUGGUUUUGGCCGAAAUGCCAUUGGAGGCCGUGAUGGUCGGUUCUAUGUGGUAACUGAUUCUAGUGAUGACGACCUUCAUAACCCUAGACCGGGUACUCUGCGCCAUGCUGUUAUUCAGGAGAGGCCUCUUUGGAUUGUUUUCAAGCACGACAUGGUGAUCCAACUGAAGAAGGCACUUAUGAUGAAGAGUUUCAAAACAAUUGAUGGUCGUGGCGCGAAUGUCCACAUUGCUCACGGAGGCUGCAUAACCAUUCACUACGCGACCAAUGUCAUAAUUCAUGGUCUGCAUAUCCAUAAUUGUAAGCCCACUGAAAAUGCUGAUGGAGAUGCCAUUUCCAUCUCCGGGUCAAGCCACAUAUGGGUUGAUCACAAUUCAUUAUCUAACUGUACUGAUGGCCUUGUCGACGCUGUCAUGGGCUCAACCGCUAUAACAAUUUCCAAUAAUCACUUCACACAUCACAACGAGGUUAUGUUGCUCGGGCAUAGUGAUUCCUAUGUGAAGGAUAAGCAAAUGCAAGUUACAAUUGCCUACAACCAUUUCGGAGAAGGCCUAGUUCAAAGAAUGCCAAGAUGUAGACAUGGGUAUUUUCAUGUAGUUAACAAUGACUACACUCACUGGGAGAUGUACGCAAUUGGUGGAAGUGCAAGUCCUACCAUCAACAGCCAAGGAAACAGAUACCUUGCCCCGUCGAAUCCUUUUGCAAAGGAGGUGACAAAGAGAGUACAGACGCCAAUUGGGCGCUGGAAGGGUUGGAAUUGGAGAUCAGAGGGUGACUUGUUACUCAACGGAGCCUACUUCACUCCAUCCGGAGCUGAAGCUACAGCAACUUAUGCCAGAGCUUCAAGCCUAGGGGCACAAUCUUCUUCCAUGGUUGGUACAAUCACUUCUGGAGCUGGCGUUCUUGGUUGUGUUAGAGGCCAUCAGUGCUAUUAAAUAACUCAGUAGUUCCUUCAAUUUUCCCCUUUCAAAGUCUUCAUAAAAUUCAUUACCAAUUAUUUAUACGAUCCUACAUGCCUUAGGCUCUUAGCCCACCUACACAUUUGUAUUAUAAAUCAUAUUAUUUGGUCUUCCUUAUGUCCUCCCCAGUCCCCACAUCUAUUUUUCAAACCUCAACCUGCUUCAACUAAAUCUCAGUCUUCAUUUAAGUAGGUACAUACAUGUAGUGUUGUUCAUCAUUGUAUUCUCUUCUCCUUUGCCCUUUGAAAAUCUUAGGCAUUCCUCCUCUUUUUGAUACUCCUAAAGGGUUACCGUCUAUUAUGUGAUUAAUCUCUGUAAUUUUGCAUGUUUGUACUGUCAAGGUUUACAUUGGGAAAAAAAGUUUGUAAUUUUCAUUUCUUAGUUUUGAUGCCAAGCUCGUGGGUCUAAUUUAUGUAAGUGUUAAUAUAAAAGCGGCCAUUGAAAUAAAAAGCUUUUUGCGUUUGCCUAA